AUGUCAUCAUGUAACCAGCACUUAGUAGGACGGCUGAUAGGCAAACAAGGGAGAUAUGUGAACUUCCUGAAGCAAGUCUCUGGUGCCAAAAUCUACAUUUUCACACUACUUCACACCCAGGACUUCCAGAUCUGUCAUAUAGAAGGCUCUCAGCAAAACGUUGACAAAGCACUGGCCCUGAUUGGAAAGAAGUUCAAGGAUUUGAGUCUCACCAAUAUCUAUGCUCCACUACCCCAACCGUUGCCAUUGCAUUCCCUCCCCAUCACCUCCUGGCUCAUGCUUCCUGAUGGAGUUACAGUAGAAGUUAUUGUGGUUAAUCAAGUCAAUGCCGGGCACUUAUUCGUACAACAACACACGCAUCCCACUUUCCACGUCCUUCGUAGCCUAGAUCAGCAGAUGUAUCUCUGCUAUUCCCAACCUGGGAUUCCUACGAUGCCGACCCCAGUAGAGGUUGGCGUUGUCUGUGCCGCACCGGGUGUGGAAGGCGCGUGGUGGCGGGCACAAGUGGUUGGCUACUUCAAAGAUGUCAGCGAAGUGGAAAUCAGAUAUGUGGAUUAUGGUGGAUACGACCGAGUCAAGAUUGAUUUGCUUAGACAAAUCAGAUCUGACUUUGUAACCCUGCCAUUCCAAGGAGCUGAGGUUCUUUUGGACAACGUGGUGCCACUUCCAGAUGAUGAUAACUUCUCAUCUGAAGCUGACACGGUUGUUAGUGAAAUGACCAGGGAUACACCCUUACUUGCAGAGGUUACAAAUUACGACAGUGCAACGGGCUUGCCGCUAAUACAACUGUGGAGCAUGAUAGGAGAUGAGUUGGUGUCCAUCAACCGAACACUGGUGGAAAGAGGAUUUGCUCAGUGCACGGAAAACUACUAGCAAACCCCUUAAUCCAUCUUCUGGACUGCU